AUGGGCCAGGACCAUAGCCGCGCAAAAGGCGGUCAGCCUGGGCAGGCUGCAGCAGGUGGCGCAGACUGCAGUCUGUCUCCCGGCACCGCCUCGGCUGCGCCUUUGGCGGCCUCUGUCUCACUUGCUGGCGUCGAGGGCUUCCAGGUGGUGCGACUGCUGCCGUACAGUCCUGCUCACAAGGCUGGUCUCAUCCCCUUCUUUGACAUUAUCACUGCUCUUGACAAGAUUCUUCUCGACUCAGAGGGGAUGCCGGCGCUGUCGUUCUUUAAGAGCUACGUGGCGAACCACCGCGACCAGUCCAUCUGCUUCACUACUUUCAAUCUGUACAGCCGUACGUAUCGCGACGUCUACUGUGUCCCAUCGGACGAAUGGGGCGGUGGUGGCCUGCUCGGGUGCAGCAUCGAAUGGACACGCGCGGACGCCUGCCCAGAGCGUUGCAUGCACAUUGUCGACGUGCUGGAGGGCAGCCCUGCCGCGUGCUCCACAGAGCUGCAGGCAAAUCGGGAUUACAUUAUCGGCAUGCAGACUGUCCAGGAGACGCUCAUCACACUCAUAAAGAGUCAGAAGGAUUUCUACAGCCGACUGGAGGGAUGGCACGAGGAGCAGCGCUGGGCGCUGGAGCGGAAGCAUCUCUUCCCAAAUGAGAGGGUGGAGGUGCCGCAUGUGCUGCUCUUCCUCGUGUACAAUAGUGAGAGCAACACUGUUGAGGAGGUGGAGGUGGAAAUGGGUACAAACCCAGAUGCAGCGGUAGGCAUCAGCGUCGCCACGGGCCUACUGCACAUCAUCCCCUCAGUCGCCACCUCCGCCCGCCCUGCCGCCGGGACUUCGCUGCCAGUCAUGAGCAAAUUCGCCUCUGUCGGGCACAGCGUUGUGAUGCGGACCAGAGCGCAACAGCCGGAGCACCAGCCUCUGCAAGACGUUUCUCUCACCCCACCUGUGGGGGCCUCACCUCGACCGCAAGAGCAGGCUCAGGAGUCAACGGGCUCUUCGCAGCAGCCACCAUGCUUGCCUUCGUCGCAGGAGGCGCAUGCGUGCUACGCUGUCACUGGCUCGCCGGAAGUGCACAUGAUGAGUAACCCGCAUGAGCCACCGAUGAACUCCUAUCCGCAACCGUGCCCGCCAUGGCCGCCGCUGCAGCAGCAAUCAACGGAGGCAGCCCUCUACCCAAUGCCGCCGGUGGCCUCCUUCAACGUAGCCCCGCCGCCGCGUGAUGGUGCGGCAGGGGGAACCGCCGCCGCUCCCGCACAAACGGGGCAGAAGCCGUUCAACCCUUUUGCGAACGAGGCGUCGCCGGACUUUGACGUGCUGGAGGGUGCACCGCUGGCACAGCAGGACGUGAUGGCGGCCGAGGGCCACCUGGGGCAACAUGCAACCACGAUGGAGCAGUCGUACUCAUCGUCGUACACGCCACUACUGUCCAAGCCCCCUCCGCUUUCAGCGAGUCCUCUCACCCAGAUGAACGGCUCUCACAACCACGCCGCCUCUCCGCCAUCGUAUUCUGAGCCGCUGCCUCCACCACCACCACAGCAGCUGCACAGGACAACUAUGCUCACGUUCUCCAGUCAACGCAUGCCCCCUCCACUGCACUUUCCGGUGUUCCCUGGUGCAGCCGCAGCGAGGAGAACUCCUGCGUAG